UCAAGAAUUCAGAAGUGGAGGGAAUAAGCGAGUCGGACAUUGACGUAUCAAAUUCAUUUCGGCAGCGGGCACACUGUAAUGUCCUAGUAUUUUUUACGAUGACAUAUCGGCCUAUCGAUAUCGAUGACUCACUGGGACAAAAUAAAUAAUAAUAAACAAAGUAAAGUAAAAAAAAUAAAUACAAUAAGCAAAGCGGCUCUCGUCUCGCUCCCGAAUAGUGUGCAAUGGGCUUAUUCGGCAAAACCCCAAGCAAAGACCCCAAAGAGCAGGUGCAAGAGUGGACGCACAAGAUCCGAAAGGAGGGCAACCAGCUGGACCGCCAGAUACGAAGCAUACAGCGAGAGGAGGACAAGGUGAAGCGCUCCCUUAAGCAGGCGGCACAGAAAAAUGAUCGUGAUACAUGUAUCAUUCUGGCCAAGGAGAUUGUGAACGCGCGGAAGGCCAUCAAUCGCAUAUACACGUCGAAGGCCCACCUCAACUCCGUGCAGAUGCAGAUGAAGAACCAACUGGCCACCUUGCGUGUUGCCGGAUCCCUGCAAAAGUCCACUGAGGUGAUGCAGGCCAUGCAGAGUCUGGUCCGGUAUCCCGAGCUGGCGGGCAUAAUGCGCGACAUGUCCAAGGAGAUGAUGAAGGCGGGCAUCAUUGAGGAGAUGCUGGACGAAACCAUGGACUCGCUGGAGGAGUCCGAGGAGCUAGAGGAGGAGGCGGCCAAGGAGGUGGACAAGGUCUUGUGGGAGAUAACCGAUGGUAAACUCGGAGAGGCUCCCCUACCCCAGAGGCUACUCGCUACACCCGCAGAAAAGGCGGCUGCGCCUGCUCGGGUCGAGGUUCCGGUGGCGGAGGACGACGACGACGACGAUGGCGAGGAGCUGCAAGAGAUGCAGAGUCGACUGGCCUCCCUGCGCUCUUAGGCAAAAUGUUACAGAAGCUGCAUUUGGAUUCAAAUGGGAAACUAGUGACCGGAACUUUC